UGCUCACCUUAUAGCCCCCAGUCCAGCGCCACAUUUCCCGGGUUCUAAGGAUGCAGUGCAACGCUGCUGCCUGAUUGGGUAAUCUUACAUCUCCAAAUCCUCACUGUUGUCUUUCAACUUCAUUGCAAUCUUCCUGUCGACUGGGCAUUCAUCCCCAAUACUCCCCAACCGCAAAGAGGCUGAAUGAGACAAUGUCACUAACUACAAUGGCGAGACCAAACGAAAUAGACGAGACCUUCUCAAACCUGGCCCUAGACCCCUCAUCACCACCUCUCCCACUCUUCACCAAACCCGCAAAGUCACCUCUCCGCACCCUCUUCACCCGCAAAUCCCCUCUCCCUCUCCAAACCACUGUCCUUCCUUACAUCCCCCUCAAACAACACGAAGUCCGCCUCGUCAACCUCCACGCAGGAUCCCCCUCCUCCCCAAUAACCCUCACAACCGAAAUAACUGCCCUCCCAUCAGCAAAAUACACAGCCUUCUCCUACGUCUGGGGAGACCCCUUCGACACCCUUCCCCUCCACGUCGACAACCACCUCUUCCACGCUACGAGAAACCUUCACUCCGCCCUCCAGUACAUCCGCCUCUUCCUAAAGCCAUCGCAGAUUGUCCCACUAUGGAUAGACGCGAUCUCUAUAAAUCAGUCAGAUAUCGCAGAACGAAGCCAGCAGGUCUCGCAGAUGCGGGAGAUUUAUACUUCGGCUGACCUAGUUUUAACCUGGCUCGGUCCGGAUCUCGCCCCGGGGCUAACGUACCUCCGCGAACUAGGCGACCACGCCCUCGCCGUCUCUCAAAAUCGUAAAGAACCGCCGAAACUUCUUCCUAGCCACGUUAAAGACCGGUAUACUACAAUCCGGGAAAUUGUCAGGGUCUUUCAAUCUACCUACUGGAACCGAGUCUGGACGGUACAGGAGUACACUGCCCCCACCGACCUUGGGGUCUUCCUCUCUGGUACGGCGUGGAUAGAUCGUACUGCGUUCCUACCCGCCACGAUUCUCUAUACGCAAGCACUGCACUGGCUCAGGGAUGGCUUGCGGAGGCGGGGCGCUGAUGCCUCAUUCGUGGACGCGACGCUUGCGAGGGUGAAGAAGGUUGUUCAUGAUCUCAAGAUGAGCUAUGCGCGGAUGGCGGAAUCCAAUGACCUUAUCAGAAUGUCUGCUGAGACAAAGGUCUCUUCUAAAGCUGAGGGAGUUGGCCAGGUUAAAUCAAGGCAUAGGGAGACCUCAACGGCUCGCAGGUUCAAUCUCAUCAGCCUCCUUUUGCGUUUCCGCGAUCUUCAAGCUACGGACCCGCGAGACCGCAUUUACGCGCCCUUGAACCUCCUCGAUCACGGUGCCAGGAAGGAUCCCAUCAUCCCCGUCAAUUACUCACUCACUGUCAAACAACUCUACAUCUCCGUCGCCAAAAGCCUUUUAGAAAACAAAGACUACUGGCCUCUAAGCAUUCUUGAAAUAUGCCGCUUCGGAUCAUCCGAUCUACCGUCGUGGGUGCCAGACUGGCAAGUCCUUCCGAGAAAGGUCCUUUCGCGGGACGUCACCACAGGAGAGCAAGUUCUCUGUGCGAGUAGAGGAUACCACACCAACACCAAGCCGUGGGAGAUGUUGGAUGAGGCUCGGUUGCAAAUCACGGCUAUGCAGGUUGAUGUUGUCACGGAAGCAUGGGAGGCAUUUGAUGCGCUAAGUGUGCCUCGAACAAAAUCUUAUCCGACGUACACCCUCAGAAACCCCAGUGAAAAGUACGCAAUCGGGGAACAGACGGUGUUGGAAGCCUUCCACGGGCUAGCAGGAAUCGAACCGAGAUCGGAAGAUGAUGAAGAGGUGGAAAGUUACUACCAGGAGGAUUGGCAUCGCAACACAGGGAUGAUGAGCCGUUUCAAUCGCCGCCGUUUAAUCCGUACUAAGCACGGCCUUGUCGGUCUGGCUCCAGCUGAAGCCGUGCAAGGGGAUAAGAUCUGGCUGGUCCCCGGCGCAAACAUGUUCUACAUCUUCAGGCCUGUUGCAGACGACGGAAGUCACACGCUUAUCGGUGAGAUUUACUUCCAAGGUCUCAUGAAUGGAGAAGCACGGGGUUUCCUAGGCGAUGCUAGAAAGCGAACUGUCAUUACACUCGUUUAGGGUAUAGCUUCUAUCAUGAAAAGGACCGACCCAAUAUCUACAAACUUUUCCCAUUUUCCGCAUUAGAUGUGC